UGAAUCAAUAACGAGAAGCAGAGAGCUUCAGUCUUCUUCGCCGGCGGCGUGCCAGACCGGAAACCCGAUCGACGACUGCUGGGGGUCUUGCGACCCGAGCUGGGAGAAGGACCGGCAGAGGCUGGCUGAUUGCGGCAUUGGGUUCGGGAAAAAUGCGAUCGGCGGGAAAGGCGGGCCAUUCUAUAUGGUAACCGACGCAUCGGACGACUACGACCCCAAAAACCCGCCACAGGGCACUCUCCGGCACGGCGUUCUUACUGAGGGGCCGGUGUGGAUCAUAUUCCAGGGCGACAUGGUCAUCAAUCUCAAACACGAGCUCUUCGUCAGCGGCGACACCACCAUCGACGGCCGCGGGGCGAAGGUGCAGAUCACCGGCGCCGGCUGCAUCACGCUCCUCUCCGUCACCAACGUCAUCAUCCACAACCUGCUCAUCUACAACUGCAGGCCGUCGCCGGCAAACGACGUUGUGGAGUUGAACCAGGGACUCACCGAGCCGGUGUCCCCGUCGGACGGCGACGCGAUUUCCGUUCAAAAAUCGAGGGAUGUGUGGAUCGACCAUUGCAUCCUGGCGAAUUGCGCCGACGGGCUGAUCGACGUCACCCAGGGCUCCACCGCCGUCACCGUCUCCAACAACCGCUUCACCCACCACGACAAGGUGAUGCUGCUGGGGCACGAGGACGACGACAAGGACGACGCCGGCAUGCAGGUGACCGUCGCGUUCAACGUGUUCGGGGAAUUGCUGGGGCAGAGGAUGCCGAGGUGCAGGACAGGGUACUUCCACGUGGUCAACAACGACUACACGGGGUGGAUUAUUUACGCCGUCGGCGGCAGCGGCAGCCCCACCAUCAAUUGCCAGGGCAACCGUUUCAAGGCGCCGGAUAACCCUCAUGCUAAGGAGAUAACCAAGCGGAUCGAUGCGGCAAAGGAUUGGAAAAGCUGGAAUUGGAGGUCAACGGAUGAUGUACUCCUCAAUGGGGCAUUCUUUGUACAUUCCGGCGAGCAGGACUCCGACGAUCCGUACAAACAAGCAACCAGCUCAGUCGGCGUCAAGUCCGGCAGCCAGGUGGAGCAGUUGACAGGCAACGUCGGCGUCCUCGGGCUGACCGGCGGCGGAAGUGGGGUGGUGGACAACAUCCCCGGCAUCAUCCAAUUUAACCCCAACACCAUUGUCUACGAAGGCGGAGGUCCAACACCAGAUGGAGGCGGGGGUCUAACACAAUCAGAUCAAGACAACAACUCUUCACCUAAAACUAUUUUUGCUGUUAUUGGUGUUUUAUUACUUUUCGCGCUUGUUGGUUGUGGUGUUUAUUAUGCAAAAAGAAAGAAAGAUGAUGAAAAAUAGUGGAUAGAAGUGUGACUUUUGACAAUCAUGAUUACAAUUUUAAUUGUAGUUAUCAUAAAUUUAUUAAUAUUACAUUGAAGUGGGCGUGACUAUAUAUAUAUAUAUAUAUAUAUAUAUAUAUAGAUUUUGGUUCAAAUGAGAACGAGUCUUAA